UCUGCUCUCCUGAAGAGACUCGCUCAAGCAGCCAAGCCGCAGCAAACCUACGAAGAAUCAGAGACAUGGCUUCCCGAGUUGCAGCUCUGCUCUUGCUGGGCGUCCUCUGCUUUAGCUUUGCAUCAGGUGAGAUCGCAAUGGACUGCUGUCUGCAAGCUAUCGACAAACGUCUGCCCUCCAAAAACAUCGUGGACUACAUCAUUCAGGAAGCUGGGAAAGGCUGUGAAAUAAGCGCUACUGUGUUCAUUACCAACAGUGGCAGAACUCUGUGUGUCAUCCACCCCAGCCAGAAACCAUGGGUGAGAAAUCUCAUCAAUAUCGUGAACAAGAAAAAGCAACAGUAAAUGAGAUGAACAAACUCUGGGAAGGAUGGAUGGAGACAACCAGAUCUCAUAGUCUGUGAUGGCAAUGUUGCACUGUAGAAGAUUAAAACCUGUUAGAGCGAUUACGGAGAAAUCAUCAUUUCAUCUUAUUUAUAAUGUUGUCCUGUAUAAGCUGCCAUGCCUCGGCCAUUGGCUCAAUAUAUAGCUACAUGUGUUUCUUCUGUUUUUUUGUGGUGACUGCGGU